AUGGAGCCCCGCGCACCCCUUAGGGCCGUACGCAUCGCCGGCGCCGUUCUCACCUUCAUUGGCUGGGUGGUCACGAUCAGGGGCCUCGUCACCGUGGCCAACUCACUGAACGACGACUGCACCGGGCGGGAGUGCGAGGAGGUGGAUACGUACUGGUCCUACCUGGCCUACCAGAUAUUCGUGCUGGCCUGCGUGGCGCUGUCUGAGGCAUUUGGCGGCGCGGAGUUCACGUGCCUGUCGCUGCUGGGCCUGUGCAUGGUGGCAUCCUGCCUGGACCAGUGGGCCGCGGACAUAUUCCGGACGGGCGUGGAUUGCGGUAACCUUGCGUUCGCCGGCUGGACGGUGAUGGCUGCCGGCGACAUCUUGAUGAUCAUCGGCCUGGGGUACAAGCGCGUGGUGGACCUGAAGGCAGGGAUGUCUGGGCGGGCCGGCGCCGAGGCCGGAGCGGCGAAGGCGGGCGGCGAGCCGCUGAUGGCCAGCGACUGCCCGGCGAGCGCGAAUGGCCCCGGAGCGGCGGCGGAUCCCCCCCCGACCGAGCAGGAGCUGCCGCAGGACUUCGAGCACGGUCGCUGGGUGUACCCGGUGAUGGCGCUGAUUGCGCUGGGCGGCUGGCUGGUGGCCGUGGCCGGCGCGCGCAAGUGGUGCGACGACUUCGACUGCGCACCGCUCAAGUUCUACUGGUGGAUAAUGGCGCUGGAGGCGGCGGUGCUGCUGUUCGUGUUCAUCAUGAGGGUGAUGGGGAGGCUGACCCCUUGGACGCAGGUGGCCACGUUCAUGCUGGCCAUGCCCACCACCUUCCUGGCGAUCUGGUCCCACAAUUUCGUGCACCUGGCGCGAGAGGAGUUCCCGGACGAGAAGUCGCUCAGGGCGGCCGCCGGCGGCACCAUCGCGCUCGCCGUCACCAACUACCUGCUGGCGUUCACGUUGGGCUUCCACAUGAGCACCAGGGCGCUUCGAACACCACCCAGGUGGGCAAGCAUUGGCCGGGUGCUCAUGGUCCUCUUGGGCAUUGCUGGGCUGGUCAUCGCGGUGGUUGGCGUUGUGCGGACGCGGAACUACCUGUGCAAGGACAACGACGAGCUCUUCGACGAAGAACUGUUGUGCAACAAGUUCCGCCUCUACUGGUGGUUCUUCGUGCUGGAGGGCGCAGUCCUGACCGCGUUCUUCAUCGGCCUCUUCGCGCACCUCAAGGCUGGCUGGGCGUCGGUGACGCUCACCUUUGCUGCAGUUGCGGCUGUCUGGCCAAUCCUGGUGGCAGAUGAGUUCCGGGUGUUCCCCUCUGUAACGGAGGGCACCCGGGACGAGCAGGGUUUCGAAGGCCACCUCAUCAUGGCCGUCGCCUUCCUCGCACUGGUGGUGCUCGAGAUGUUUUGA